CCGAACCCCUGUGCUGCGGGGUGCACCUUCUAUGGGCACUCCUUCCGCCCAUGUUCGAGGUUCGGGACCGGAUUCGGCUGUGCUGAUGACUGGUGGGGCUGCGGGUCGAGAAGAGGAGGCUAGUGGUCGGCAGGGGAAAUCUACGAUGGACGUUGUGUCCAGGCGUAGAAGGUCUGGUGACACGUCCGUUGCAGGUGUGGGAGACGAGGUUCCUAUCGACCACAAAGACAGGUGCUGGAUGUUGGACUGGGUGGGUGGAAUCGGGGAACCCUCGGAUGGGCUGGUUUUGUACGUGGUGAUCAAAGAUAGCAUUGUUCCGAUUGGCGGUGUGGUGAAGUGGAGUAGAGGAAAUUCACAGUUCGCCAUGUUGGAGUUGACGAUGGUCCUUAACGCUAGAGGUGUCCGCCCAACGCCAUCGCUUCGGACUACGGUUGCUGCAACACGAGUUCCGAAAUUUGGGCAGAUCGGGGAGAAAGGUCCGUGUCGCGGGCAAAUCGUGCCGUCAGCCCCUGUGAAGCGUAGACCAACAUCAACCAAGGAACCCGUUUCCUUGGUCCGCCCGCCACGCUAUGAGUUGGUCGUUCUUGUUGGGUCGCAUUAUUUUGGAGAUGACGACGAGGAGAACAGCGAGGAAGAUUGGGAACGCGAUGAAGAACGCGAAGAAUAUGAGGAGGGUGGCGGAGAAGAGGAAGUAGAGAGUGAGCACACAAUCAGCGAGAGGGGUGGGCCGGGCGAAUUGGAGGGUCGUCUAGGGGUUGAGUAUGAGRACGAAGGGCAAGAAGAGGAAACGACCGGCGAGGGAGGGUAUGAAGAUGUGCAUUGGGGUUCCAAACGAACGCAGCUGCUCGCGUCGGGUCAUGGGCAUUGGGAAGUGGAUCCAGGGAGCGGGGAAAUGCACCGCGAAGUUGGGGUCGAGCCGAGGUCGGAAAUGCAGUUCAUUUCUGUCAAGUUGGACAGGAUUCUGGAUAUCCCUGAUGAGAAAUUCAGAUAUAAUCAACGCUUCCUCGAUCAGGAGCUUAUUGAUGACCUUUACAAAACAAUGGUUGAGUCGGGUGAGGCAGCUAUCAGAGAGAGAACGACCGUGGCAGUCGGAGUGAAUGUAUGUGCAUUGUACGAGAAGCCUGUCCUUUUGUUGAUUGGGCUACAUGAUACAAUGCAUACUGACGCUUCCGGUACGAAUGUGAGGGCGAGAAGAGUGACGCUCGGGGAAUUCGAUCUCCAAUCCGUGCACAAGUACUACUGGUACCCUCUCAGUGGUCAACACAAUGUUGCGGCGACGAGGAAAUGUUCUCAAGAACGCCCUGACAUCGCCCGUGAGCUCCGUUUGGAUUGCUGGACUGCAAGGCCUGUUUACUAUCCGGAUAGGAGCAUGGAGAAUUACUGCACCUUGAGCACUUUCCAAAAUACGAAGGACAAAUGGAAUACUCCUCCGCACCAGAUUGCUAUCAUUGAGAACAUACGAAAGUUGUGGCAAGCAGUCGGUCGUCCAGAAGCUAUAGGCGGAUCUGCUGCAGACGUCAAAAAUAAGGAUUACAGAGAGUUUGCGGCGAUGGCUCUGCGCGCGACCGGGAGUGAUCAUUUGGUUACUCUUUCACUUCAGGCUUGGAGCAAGGAGUGGUCUCACUUCCUCGGACCUUACAUGGUAUUGGCAAGGGCGACGGACGAUGUGUUCGAGAAGGUGCAACAAGUAUAUUAUGCUUGGGAGAGUGGACAGUUGUCGAGGAGAGAUGGUGUGAAGUCUGCCACCAAACAAGGUGAAUCGGGGAAAGCGUCGAGACCUGGCCCCGGAUUCGAGUUGAAAAAAGGAAUCAGGGUUCCAAUGCACUGGAUUCAGGGUACUAGAGGACCUGGUGACCUCGUGGCUGUGCGCGAUCCGGAUGUCAGAUCAUGGAAGGUUAUGUCUACGUUGGGGAGGCGUGAGAGGCUUCAGUUGUUGCGAGACAUUCUCGCGGGAAGUGUCAUACUCGCUCCAACGCUAAGUAAAGCUGCUCACACUGCCGGAAAACAUUCGAUGGAGACAUACGUGGAAAUGGUCAAGCAGGAAAGAGCAAUGUUGAGAAUGUUUCACUACUUCGUCUUCAUUUCUGACCCUCACAAGAAGUCAUCAGAGUGGAAGGAACCAUUCUUCGACAACCUUUCUGAUUUAUUCGCUAAGUAUUGUGAUCAAGGAUUGACAUCGGAGAGGUGGAUCGACCAGCGACGGCAUUUCAAAGAAACGAGUUGGGUACGGUCAUUUCCGGCUACACUUGGAGGCGAGGAUGAGAAAGAAGAGGAGAGCUUCAAGAAAACAAAAUCGCUUGCAAACAAAUGCCCCGAAGAGUUCAUUCAAUUUGUCAACAAGUUGUUGCGUAGAUCUGAAACUGGGGGUUCGCAUAGCAUUCGUAUGGAUCCACCUGAGAAAGUGGUCUAUGACGGUAUGGAAAGGGAGCCGAAUGCAAUGGUGGAGACAUUGGAGCAUUUUUGUCCUGCGGAUGAGGCUGUCGUUUUCCUCAGGAAAGGUCGUGCGGGAUUGGUUUGGGAACUGUUAAAGAGUCAACGUCAUUGCAUUGUGCUGGAAGGGGAGGGUAUGAAGUUUGAGUUUCUCACUCAAUUCAUUGACAAGAUGGUCAAAACUCGAGAUUACUACGCCAACUUUACUAAGUCGCCUCCUCGACAUGAUGAAGGGCAUGAUCUCGUCUACAAGGUUGGCCAAAACGUGGUCAAUAUUCGGGAGUUUCUCUUCGAAACAAAGCCGCAAGACAGAGGGGAAUGUACUUAUGUCCUCAGAAGAAGAAAAGUGGAGAAACUUUUUAGGGGUUAUCAUAAAGCACCAUCGGAGAGGAAGGUUUCAUUUCUCGACCGCUUGGAGACAAUGUACUUCGACCAACAAAUCGGGGCAUUUACAAUCGCAGGUUAUGUGACUUGUUUUGUGGAUGGUGAGGACUUUGAUGCCAACGACUUAGAAGAAGAGAGUGUUGAUGGCACUUUGCAAGCGGCUUUGGCAGCUGAGAGGCAAAGAGCUUGUAGCCCGGCUUCGCAUUCGCAGAGAAUGGGUGUUCCAGGCACAUCGUCCGGUUUUGGAGGAGCUUCCAGCAUGGCAGUUUCAACGGAUCAGUUAAUGACUCAGCCGCCGACUUCUUCUAUUGUUACACCGACUCAGAUGGCGGGCAAUACGAUGACGGUGGCAUCAGGAGGCAGUCUGGAUCCGAAUGUUCUAGCAAUGCUCUCCCCAGAGUUGGUGGCAACUCUGGCACCAUUUGCACACAGCCCAAGUAUUAUUAUGGAAUUGUGACGCUCUCGAACUCCACAACAACCUCCACCUGAUGAGUCCUUGGAGUACGAGAUAGGAGACACAAUCCCUGCAGACAUU